CCAUUAAAGCUUUACUUCAUGACAAACAAGAACCACUGAAUGAGAUGCAUUGGUGGUAUUCAAAAGAGGCUUACAUAUUGGUGUACAUGCAUAAAAUACAACCUGUUAGAGGUGACAAAUUCUGAAAAGUUGAUCCAUCUCAUGCUAUAGAGCCACCAUAAAUACAUAAAAUGGUUGGCAGACCAAAGAUUAAGAGAACAAGAGAAAAGGAUGAGGCAAGGAAGAGGGAGGGUUAUGGAAGAAUUCAAGCAAAAGUCUAAAAACGGCAUGUGGGCACUGUAGUGCAACAGGCCACAACAGAAGAAGAUGUCCUCUGCUUCAAAGAGGUGCACAAACAGUCCAAGAUGUGCCUUUGUCAGCACCCCAAGCCAAUCAAGAUUUUGAAUUUGGAUCCAUGCCCAACCCUGUCUUUAAUGCCUCUUCCAGUCAACAGACUAGCCAACAAUCAAGCCAACCAAUUUUUGAAGUUGUUGGACCUUCAAAAUCAAAGAGAAAAGGCAAGGACAAAUCUACUGCACCUUCAAAGAAGUCUGCCAAAAAUAUUGAUUUACCUUCAACUUCAAAUAACCAACCAGUUUCACCUUCAAGAGUACUUGUUGAUGAAGAUGAUGAUGCAGAAAUUGAUGAUGAGGAUGAGCAGCCAAUUCUUAGGCCUAAGGUGAUAUCUGAAGCUAAAACUAGGCUUCAGCUCAAGAAGAUGCAUCAGCAACUAACUGUUUCAAGAAAAAUUGGCUUCAAGGGAGAUGAGAAUAGUGUGAGUAGGCCUACUAAUCUUCCAUACUCACCAAGAAAGUUGGGUUGGAGAUACAAACCAUGUGUGACCUCAAAUCAGUUAGAAGUAGCAAUGGAGAAGAAAAUUGGGAAGUUGAAGGAAACGAGGGGAAAGCAUUAGGGCAUAAGUGACUUGGUUCAAGUAGUUGUUUCUUUUUAAGUUUUUCAAUGUUAUGUAAUGGCACAAUUAAACUUCAUAUUUUGCUAUUUUUUGUUGUGAAUCAGUCUUGGAAGUGGCUGUAUUGAUUCACUUCAAAAGUUUUUGGGUGCUUAGUUU